AUGCGUUCGUUCUGCCAAUUGGCUGUUUUGGCCCUUCCCCUGUUCAGCACUGCAGUUGUUGCCUCAGCGGAUGAUCAAGCCGAGAAACCUUCGACGCUAUACGCAAGUGCACAGGAUGUAUUUCAAGACCUUCUCAACGCGCUACCCGAGGAGUCUCUGCAAGCGGCAUUGAGUGGACUGAAGGACUUUAAGAACGGUGUCUUCGAGUCACACCACCGCGGCGUCGAACAUGUUCACAGCAGCAACCCAGCGCUUGCCACGAAGCUUAUCGUCGACGCCGUCAUGGACUUGAGGAAGCGACAGGCGCCCCAGGCCAACAACGGCACCACCACUGUUACCGAAGCUGCUGCAUCCUCACCCCAGUCAAAUUCACCUCCGCCGCAGACGGAGCAAGCCUCGACACCUGCUGCGACUAGCAAUGCACCACCUGCCCAAAGCAGCAACGCACCCCCAACUCAGAGCAGCCAGGCACCAGCAGAGAGCUCUGCCGAGCCUUCGAAGCCUCAAUCCAAUCCUGGUAGCACAGCCAAUGCGCCAACAGCCACUGUGACAACUACAGCCGAGAAGACGACUACAGCUCAACGUCCGGCCCUCAUCCCCGUUGUAGCCACUGUCACCCAAGAUGGCACCACUGUUGUGAAAACAACCGAGGUACUCAGCGCCGUCACAGCCUCUGUCGCCGUGACCGUCGUCCGCACAAACCAACAAGGCAGCACCGUAACACAGACUGAAAACCGCCCUGCUGUCAUCAAGACAGUAACCGACAGCGCCGGCCGUACAACCGUCACCACCUCUGCCGCAAACUACGCCCCAACUGCCGGAGAAGUAAAGACCCAAACCAACGAACAGGGCUCGACCUUCUUGACCACUUACACCCCUGGCGGCGGCCUCGUCAGCAGCAUCCAGCUCAUCACCACCACAGAUUCAGAGGGUCGUCCUAGUACCAUGACCAGCUACACAUUCGUGGACCCCAUCCAAGCAACGCAAACCGAUGACAAGACAACUGCCACCGGCAAGCCAUCCCUCCAAACCGGUGCUGCCAUCAAGAACGCAGCGCAGUACGCCGCCGUCGGCGUGGGCGCGUUUGCCUUUUUUUUAUAGAAAUUAUGCGCUAGGAACAUUGUACAUAUAACGAGCAACACGACAAUUUUCCUCAUCUUUCUGUCUCUCUAAUUCUUUGGCAUUUCCAGCGACAAAAAAACUCCUUUUUUGAUACCCUGGAUACACACUCCUUUGAGAAACAAAACUUUGGCAUGGUUUGUUUACCUUUUAAUCGGUUUGGGCUGGGCAUGAUAGGUAUAUAUGGGAUGGAUGGGAUGGAUGGGUAUUUAAGUUGGGCACAAAACGGCGUGGCAUUGUAGUAUACAUGACGGAAACCUACUAUUUCACAGAAGGGCGCUCGGUCUCUUGGUUUGCGUUUAGGGUCUACAUACUGGGACUUUACAUACGCAUUAAUCAAGUAGAAGUAAAGAAAUACACGAGGAAAAUGUUCAAA